CAACAACAACAACUCGACAACAGUCACACCAGACCUCUUACCAUAUGGGUAGUGUAGUUUGCUCAACGGACACCGCAGCCGACCAUUAUUCACAGACAUUUAUCAAGGAAUACAUUAACCAGAAGCCCCCGGGGCGGUCGCACUGAGCUACGCAAGGAAUCAUGAAUUACGCUCGGUUUCUGACAGCUGUUAGUGCAGCCAGAAAGCCUUCACCCAUCAGGAUGCUGACCGAGCUGCAGCAGCGGUCGCCUCCGUCUCUAAUCUCUCUGGCCGGAGGGGCGCCGAACCCCAACACCUUCCCCUUCCAGUCAGCGUCCAUCACGGUGAAGAAUGGACAAACAGUCACCUUCGAUGAAGCUGCGAUGAAGAGGGCUCUGCAGUACUCUGCCUCGAAUGGAAUCCCUGAGCUGCUGACGUGGAUGAAAAACCUGCAGAAGAACCUGCACAGUCCACCGACCGCCAGCUACACCCCUGAGAACGGCCAGAUGGACAUGUGUGUGACGACGGGGAGCCAGGAGGGGCUCUGUAAGGUGUUUGAGAUGUUGGUCAACCCUGGAGACAACGUUCUGCUUGAUGCACCCACGUAUUCAGGCACGCUGGCAGCGCUUCAGCCGCUCGGUUGCAACUUAAUCAACGUUCCUAGCGAUCAACACGGCAUGAUACCUGCGGCCCUGAAGAAGGUCUUAUCUCAGUGGGACCCCUCAGAGGUGCACACGCCUGGCAGCACUGCCCCCAAAAUCCUCUACACCAUCCCCAACGGAGGGAACCCCACCGGUGCCUCCAUGACGGUUCAGAGAAAGAAAGAAGUGUACGAGCUGGCCAGGCAGUACGACAUGCUCAUCAUCGAGGACGACCCGUACUAUUUCCUGCAGUUUGACAAGCCGUGGGCCCCCACGUUUCUCUCCAUGGACGUUGACGGGAGGAUCAUCAGGACCGACUCUUUCUCUAAGAUCUUGUCUUCAGGGCUGAGGAUAGGUUUUGUGACCGGUCCCAAACCGCUGGUGGACCGGGUGGUGCUGCACAUCCAGGCCUCAACGAUGCACACUAGUACCUUCACACAGCUCAUGGUGUCUCAGUUGUUGCACAGCUGGGGACAAGAGGGUUUCCUCCAGCACAUAGACAGGGUGAUUGAGUUUUACAGGAAACAACGUGAUGCCAUGAUCAGCUCUGCAGACAAGUGGCUCAAAGAUGUAGCAGAGUGGCACAGCCCAUCAGCAGGCAUGUUCCUGUGGAUCAAGCUAAAGGCCAUCGCUGAUACUCAACAGCUGAUUAUGGAGAAGGCGUUGGAGAAGGAGGUGCUGCUGGUUCCCGGAGGCGUCUUCAUGAUCAACAGUAGUGACCCCUGUCCCUACGUCAGAGCGGCCUUUUCUCUUUCCACACCAGCACAGAUUGAUGAGGCUUUCAAACGACUCUCCUCACUCAUCAAAGACGCUUUGUGAUGAGAAGUUUAUUUUUCCCUGACAGAUGAUGUAUUUUUUCUAACUUAUUGUCGAGGGCUUUUAUAUUGAAAUAUAUUAUUGAGUUUAAAUAUAUUUUAAUAUUUUGUUACCUCUGACUAUAUGUAAACCACAGUCAAAAGUUUAGAAAAAUGUUUUCAAUGCAUGUCUAUUCAACAUGGGGCUUAUCAUUGAAAACCCUUUGGAGCAAUGACAAAAGAAGUAGUCUCAUAAUUUGUUGCUCCAUCGUUGCACUACACAGUGAUGUUGUUUUUAACUUUUCCAUGUACAAAAAUAAAUAAUAGCUUAUAAUUAUUCUGUAUUUUGUCUUGUGAGUCUACAUGUUUCUGCUCCACUAAAAC